AAGCACCACGUAUGGAAAUAAUAUUAGACAAGAUAUGUGCUUCCCUAUGGAUUACAAGAUCCCUGAAUUGUGCAGAGAACCAAAAGGUUUAAGAGAAAUUUUAAAAGAAAGAAAAUUGUGGCGUGAUGGAAUGAAGUUGAAGUGUAAAGGUGGAUGUAAAGAAAGAAGCAUUAAUUGUUGUGCAAGAACAGCAAUGGCAAACCAACCGGAUUUUAAAGCACAGUGUGGAAAACUUAAAGAAGCAAUUAUUUUGGUAGGCCAUAAAGUUAUAUUUUAUCCAAAAUUUCAUUGUGAGUUAAAUUACAUUGAAAAUUUUUGGGGAUCAGCAAAACGAUAUUCACGGAGCUAUUGUGACUAUACUUGGGAGGGUUUAAAAAAAACAGAAUCACAAGCUCUAGCAUCAGUACCACUUAGUGAAAUUAAAAGCAAGACAACAAGUCUACGAUGCUAA